AUGAAGAGGCAGGGGUCCUCCUCGGAGCGGACGCGGGCGCGGAUGCCGUCCGGGAAGGCCGGGACAGCAAAUGGAUUUCUCAUGGAAGUGUGUGUUGAUUCAGUGGAGUCGGCUGUAAAUGCAGAAAGAGGAGGUGCUGGUCGGAUUGAAUUAUGUUCUGGCUUAGUGGAAGGAGGAAUCACACCAAGUAUGGGUGUCCUUCAAGUAGUGAAGCAAUGUGUCCAGAUCCCAGUUUUUGUGAUGAUUCGGCCACGCGGAGGUGAUUUUUUAUAUUCAGAUCGUGAAGUUGAGGUGAUGAAGGCUGACAUUCGUCUUGCCAAGCUUUAUGGUGCUGAUGGUUUGGUAUUUGGGGCAUUGACUGAAGAUGGACAGAUUGACAAAGAGCUGUGCAUGUCGCUUAUGGCUCUGUGCCGUCCUCUGCCAGUCACUUUCCACCGAGCCUUUGACAUGGUUCAGGAUCCAAUGGCAGCACUAGAGACUCUGUUAGCCUUGGGAUUUGAACGCGUGUUGACCAGUGGCUGUGACAGUUCAGCGCUAGAAGGGCUACCUCUAAUAAAGCGACUCAUAGAUCAGGCAAAAGACAGGAUUGUGGUAAUGCCAGGGGGUGGCAUAACAGACAGAAAUCUGCAAAGAAUCCUUGAGGGUUCUGGUGCUACAGAAUUCCACUGUUCUGCUCGGUCUGCUAGAGAUUCAGGAAUGAAAUUUCGAAAUCCCUGUGUUGCCAUGGGUACCUCUCUUUGUACCUCAGAAUAUUCUCUAAAGGUAACAGAUGUGACCCAAGUAAGGACUUUGAAUGCUAUUGCAAUGAAUAGUCUGGUUUAG